AUGUUUAUUUGGGUUUUCACGGUUGGAAUUUUGUUUGAUUCUAUUUUCUUCAUUAUUGCUUAUCGCACUUAUUGGAAUUUGUGUUUUAUGGCUUUACAUACUUCAAGGUUAUCAACACUUUAUUCACGCGGAUAUAUCCAUUAUUUGCUCUACCGCUUCUCAGGUUAUGGUUAUCGAAAGGAUCAACUGUUCGAUAUACAGAACGACAGCAGUUUUGGACUUGAUAAAAGCGCUGUAAAUCAUCAUGAAUUAGUUUGUACUUCUAGAGAAUGCGUCCUUAUUGCGGGUUUCUUAGCCGGAAAUCUCAACGAAAAGGUUGACCCAUGUGACGACUUCUACGAGUAUGCUUGUGGAAAUUAUGGGUUAGACCGAUAUUUGUCAGCAAACAAACCGUUAAGACAUACUUUGACAGAUAUGCAGAGUCGUCUGAAUAAGCAGGUCAAGAUUCUCUUAGAGUCACCUGUCAAGGAAGCCGAUGAACCUUGGGAUCGGUUGGCUAAAACAUAUUACCAGCAAUGCAUUCGAGAAGAUGAUCUCGAAAAAACUGGUGAUAUAACAGUUAAAGAAGUUCUUAAAGAACUUGGCGGUUGGCCGGUUUUAGAAGGCGAGAGGUGGAAAGAAUGGCAGUUUUCAUGGGAGGAACAACUGGCUCGAGUUAUGAAUAAAACGGGUAUCAAUGCAGUAAUCCUUGAGCUCUCUGUGUCCCAUGACCCUCGAAACAGUUCCAAAAGCUUAAUUGAGCUUGACCAGCCAAAAUGGGGGAUUGGUUCGCGUUGGCCAUACUUGACGGGACCUGAUGACCCAACGUUGUUGAAUUAUACAUCACUAAUGAUUGCCACAGCUAUUAAUUUAGGUGCAGAUCCAGAAGUAGCAGAACGAGACAUGAAAGAAGCUAUUGAUUUUGAAGUUCGUUUAGUGAACUUUUCUGCUGAUGAACAAUCACGUCGAGAUCCCGACCACACUAAUAAUCCAUACCAACUUUGGCAACUAGGAGAGCUGUUUCCUCACCACAUUUUACACACAACUAACAAACGGAUUAUUGCAAAUUAUUUACAAUGGAGAAUUGUUCAAGGCUUCUCUCCAUUUUUGCCACCAAAGAAGCAGAAGCCAUUUUAUGAAUUCAAGGCGAACCAGACUGGAAUUCAUGAUGCUCCUCUACCUGAAAGGUGGGAAGACUGUUUAUUUUUGUCAUUAAUCAUGUUAGAUAUGCCGGUUGGAAAACUCUAUGUGGACAAUUACUUUGACAAAGAUCGUGCAAUUAAUAAAAUGAACGAAAUGACCAAAUAUUUCAAAAAUGAACUUAUACUACAACUUCGUAAGGCUGAAUGGAUGGACCGAAUAACAAAGCAGCGGGCUAUUGAAAAGGCCCAAUAUGUUGAAUAUAAAAGCGGAUAUCCUCCUUACAUUUAUAAUGAGACCUGGAUGCGCACAGUGUGGACUUUCCCAGAAAUUUGGGAAAAACCUAAAUCUCUACUAAAGUUGACUAUAAGAAUAAAGUUAGCGCGAGUACUAGAAGAGCUUAACCGCUUAAAAGUACCCUUUGACCGCUCCACAUGGUUCCAAGGCCCAGCCCAAGUGGAUGCCUAUUACGCUCCCAACCUCAAUGAAAUGAUCUUCCCGGCCGGCAUCAUGCAGUUCCCACUGCUGUCUUCUGGUGUACCUAAUUACAUAACUUACGCUAUGAUUGGGGCCGUCAUUGGUCAUGAAGUAUCUCACGCUUUUGACGACCAAGGCAACAAAGUUUAUCACAAAUUUUACUAUCGAAGACGUUACGAUAAACUUGGAAACUUGUAUGAUUGGUGGGAUGCGGAAACCGCAGAGAAAUUUUCUGAACGAACUGAAUGCUUCGUCAAGCAGUAUAAUGCUAUAAGGGUUAAGGAAGCUGGGCUAAACUUGAACGGAAAAUUAUCAGUUGGAGAAAAUAUUGCUGAUAACGGUGGUGUCAAAAUCGCACUGAUGGCAUAUAAAUCCUGGCUCAGGGACAGAACGCAUGGUGAAGCCGCUUUACCUGGUUUUCAAAAUUUCACCACUGAACAAUUGUUCUUCUUAGCCUAUGCCAAUAAUUGGUGCUCGCUGGCCAGGCCGAAACAUUACGUGCAGGUGAUCAUGAACGAUGUUCACGCACCGAGCAAGUACCGUGCAAUUGUACCACUGCAGAACAGGCCAGAAUUCGCUGCAGCAUAUCACUGCAAGGCGGGUAGCCCGAUGAAUCCGGUAAAAAAGUGCGCGUUGUGGUAG